AUGGCGGAUUCAUCUGCUCGAGCGCUGGUAAAGCGUAUCCCCAACGAUGUAACCCUCAUGCCACCCCCACCCCUCAAACGUAUCAAACGUCCUAAUAUUGUCCUCGAAGAAGACGAGUACACGGCCGCCUUAUCUGAAAUCAUAACGCGAGACUACUUUCCUGGCCUCUAUGAGAUCGAGGCUCAACAUGAAUAUCUUGCCGCGCUCGAUUCGCGGGACGAUACAUGGAUCGCAGAGGCUGGCCGGAAAUUGAGAGAAGCCGCCACUCCGCGGCCAUCGAAGAGACGACAAGCACACAAUACAAGGUUCAAUGAUGAUGUGGAAUCGGCAACCCCUCAGCGCUCAUCAGGCAGCUGGGCCUCCGAGACACCAUUGGGGCACACUGGAGCCGAAACACCAAUUUCUGCAGCAGGAUCCGUUACAAAGCAAACAUCAACUCGAGGAGCAAAAGGACUGGACACAUCGAGGCUCUCCUUAGGCGCAUUCCAGGCAAAAUAUACAUCUGAGGACAACGAGUCCUUCAAUACGGUAUUGGCCAAGCACAAUGAGAAAACUCGGACCAAGAACGCUCACCUCUGGACCCAAGACCAGCGGAUUCCUUCAGCGAGGCAGCUUGCUCACCGUGCUCGUGAAGCCAAGUUGAUUAAGCAGAAGGAAGAAGACGAGGCGGUUGGGAAAUCUCUUAUCGCUUUGACCAGUGGUGCGACGGACUCUAGACCAGCAAAGCCUGAUACGUGGAAUAUCAAGAGACCAGACAAUAGUUUUAUGUUUAAUGCAAGCUCGGUUGACCAAGACGGGAUUCACACGGUGCAAGAAGUCAAAGAACAGAGUUCUAAAGCCGGGCCGAAGCAAGUUGUCUACUCGAACACGAGAUUUCCUCCUUUACCACAUUUGGAAGACCCCGGUGCGGUCCCUCCAUCACCCUCACUCAACACAGACAUUAUCACUCGUCGUGACGCGAACCAAGCCAGACGAGGACCUCCUAAUUCCACGGCAACAGAGUACGACGGCAGUGAAACGCCGCGCGUUAACGGCUAUGCAUUUGUUGACGAAGAUGAGCCUGAGAACAUAGCAGCUGCACCAGCAGAAAAUAAGCCGAGCUACCGUGACCUCCUCGCUGGACAGGUCGGCGAUGGAACAGCAAACCCCUUCAAGAUCAACGAGAUACGCAAACGCGAGGACCUGCACCUUCGCAUGGUGGAGAAGCAGGCGAAGAAAGCACGCGACAAGGAACGCGACACGAGGGGAUCUACGCUUGCCUUCGGGGCCUCAACCCCCGGAUAUUUGAAGACACCGGCCACUGCUGCGGGCAAUAUGACGCCAGCGGCAAGACGGCUGAUGGAGAAAUUGGGUGGUAGAACACCCAAGCAUGAUAGUCGCGCUGGGAAAGACGUAGACGGUAGAGAUAUGUGGACGCCUAGCCGGACGCCUAGGAAAAGCCGAAUUGCGAAUUAG